AUGAAGUACGCGUAUGCUCUCGCUGCCCUGGCCGCUGUCGUCGCCGCCCAGGUUGACCCUACCAUCAUCCCCGAGUGCGCUCGUCAGUGCUUGCUGGACGCCACUUCCUCGGCCACCAGCUGCAAGGCGGGCGACUACGUCUGUUCCUGCGAGCCCGCCAACAAGUCUGCCAUCCAGGCCGCCGCCACUGGCUGCGUCGUCGGAGCCUGCGGUGCCGACGUUGCUCUGAACCAGGUCCUUCCCGCCUCCGACAAGCUUUGCGCCGCCGCUUCGGCCGGCUCUGGCAUGUCUGCCUCAGCUUCCGCCUCCUCCUCGGCCGCUGCCUCCUCGGCUGCCUCUGCUGCCUCUUCGGUCCCCCCCGCCAGCAUGCCUUCCGUUGCCUCCACCACGGCCGUGACCGUCACUGCCUCUCCCUCCGCCAGCAGCGUUGUCGUCACCUCUACCCGCGCCAGCAACGGCACCGCCUCUGCCUCUGGCACCGCUUCCGGUACCGCUGCCGCUACCACCUCCGCCGUCCAGGCUGGCGCUGCUGGCCUUGCCCCCAUCGGCGGUCUUGCCAUGCUGGUUCUCGGUGCUCUUGCCAUCUAA